UUCUUGGAUUCUUCCAGAAUAUUCAAAUGCAGAUAUCGUCUCUCUCCAUCAUCCGCCACUCUUCUCCUUUCCUCCUCCGUCGCGCGUCGAUUCACCACGGCGGGUGCGGAGUUCGACUCGGAACCGGAAUCGGAAUUCGCCGCAGCUUCCAUCUCCUCACACUCUCAGCGAGACGAGACAACCCCGAUGUCUCCAGAAAACCCCACCCGAGCAAAAACAUGCUCAGAGCCAAGCACAUCGGCAAAGACCACUCCUCCUUAGCUCCCGUUCUCUCUCCCGACCACAAUCCUUCGCUCUUACCCUCUCAGGCCAUCGGCACCGUCGCCACCGCCCAGGCCAACUUCAUGCGCGUCGUCGUCCAGGACGGAGACGGAGAUGGAGACGAUCGUUCUUCUUCUACGUCGUCGUCUAAGGACGGAGUUGAGCUGCUCUGCGUGGUGAGAGCAGUGCUGAAGAAGAUAAGGAGGAGAGUGCUGGUUGGGGAUAAGGUUCUCGUUGGGUCUAUCGAUUGGGUUGAUCGGAGAGGGAUGAUUGAGAAUGUGUUCCAGCGGAGGUCCGAGAUUCUUGAUCCUCCGGUGGCGAAUGUUGAUCACUUGCUUGUUCUUUUCUCGCUUGAUCAGCCCAAGCUUGAGCCGUUCACGCUCACUAGGUUCUUAGUGGAAGCUGAGUCCACUGGGAUUCCACUCACACUUGCCUUGAACAAAUGCGAACUCAUCACCGAAGAGGAAUUGGAAUCUUGGAAGAUGAGACUGCGUGGAUGGAACUAUGAACCGUUCUUUUGCAGUGUGGGAACUAAAGAGGGGCUUGACGCGAUUGCGUUCGUCCUGAGGAAUCAGACUUCUGUGAUUGUUGGACCUAGUGGUGUUGGGAAGUCGAGUUUAAUCAACAUAUUGAGGAGCAGCUCUGGUGGUGGUGACGUUGAAGACGAGAAUUGGUUUGAGCCUAUAAUAGGUAAUAAGUGGUUUGAAGAUCAGCGAGUUGGUGAAGUUUCAACUAGAAGUGGUAGAGGCAAACACACAACUCGAAAUGUGUCGCUGCUGCCGAUUACUGAAGGUGGUUAUCUCGCUGAUACUCCUGGUUUUAACCAGCCUAGUUUGCUGAAAGUAACCAAGCAUUCACUUGCCUUGUGUUUCCCUGAGAUAAGGAAAAUGAUAGAGGAAGAGAAAUGUGGAUUCAAAGAUUGCUUGCAUAUCGGAGAACCAGGAUGUGUAGUGAAAGGAGAGUGGGAAAGGUAUCCUUACUACUUACAACUGCUUGAUGAGAUCAGAGUCAGGGAGGAGUUUCAACUUAGGACUUUUGGAACCAAAAGGGAAGGUGAUGUUAGGUACAAAGUAGGAGGGAUGGGUGUGAAACAAGCUGAACCAAGGCUACAGCCGAAGAAGCAUAGGAGAGAGUCGAGGAAGAAGGUUAAACAAACAAUGAUUAGUGAGCUAGACGAGUACGAAGAUGAAGAGAGCGACUUGGACAUAGAGGACGACCCAAUUGUCCAAGCGAUUGAGAACGAGAAAGAAAGAUGAUGAUGUGAAGAUCCACGGAAUCAGUGUCUAUUUUCACUAAAGUCUUUUGUAUAAAGAAUGAAAGUGCCAAGUAAAUCAAAAAAUCUUUGGUAAAAACUUAGAGAAACUUUGCAAAGCAAAAUAGAUUUUACUUUUGAUU